AGGAAGUUACAGCAACAAACGAGGCUCGUCUUUCUCUUCCUCUUCUAUGGUUUUUUGACUGCAUGGUAUUUUGUAGUUUGUAUUUUUCUUGUUGUCGCUGUCAGAGAGGUUUCGUGAUGUUUACCGGCGGUCUGCUGCUGCUGUGUUUGCUGGCCGUGUUUCCGCUCGGCUCGUGGGCUCAGUAUGAUCCUGAUGAGGUUACACACCUCCCAGGUAUGUCGUUCAAACCCAACUACCGUCAGUGGUCGGGGUACCUGCAGGCGCGGCCGGGCAAGUUUCUGCAUUAUUGGUUUGUGACCUCUCAACGGGACCCAGUCAAAGACCCGCUGGUGCUCUGGCUGAAUGGAGGCCCAGGCUGCAGCUCACUGGAUGGAUUCCUGUCAGAAAAUGGACCCUUUCAUGUAAAUGAUGAUGGGGCCACGCUGUAUGAGAACAACCUCAGCUGGAAUAAGAUUGCCAAUGUGCUGUAUCUAGAAUCUCCUGCAGGAGUUGGUUAUUCCUACUCCGAUGAUAAAAAAUAUGCCACAGAUGACGACCAGGUUGCUGAGGAUAAUUACAAAGCCCUGCAGAGUUUCUUUGCCAAGUUCCCAAACUUCACUCAAAAUGAAUUCUUCAUCUUUGGGGAAAGUUAUGGGGGAAUUUACGCACCAACCCUCAGCCUGCGUGUGGCUACAGGAAGUGCAAAAGUCAACUUCAAGGGCUUUUCAGUGGGAAACGGUCUCAGCAGUUUUGCUCUCAAUGACCAAAGUUUGAUCUACUUUGGUUACUAUCACGGCCUCUUUGGAGAAGACUUAUGGCGUGAUCUGAACAAAAACUGCUGUGAGAAGGGAACCUGUAAUUUCUACGACUCCAGUUCAGAGGCCUGCAAGACACAGGUGGGUGUGGCCUUCAGUAUUGUGUAUGAGAGCGGACUUAACGAGUACGCACUUUACUUGGAUUGCGAGGGUCGCAGUAGAUCCCACAAAAGCUACGAGAGGACAAUGAGUCACCUGUUUAGGAACUACACGAAACGCCUACAGACCCACCAGUUGUUAGGUCGAGUGCCUUCCUCCGUGUCUGUGGGUGCAGUCCCUCCCUGCAUCAACAGUACAGCUCAGGCAAACUGGCUGAACAGAGGUGACGUGAGGAAAGCGUUACACAUUCCAGACACGCUGCCAGCAUGGGACAUCUGCAGUGAUGAAGUUGGAGGGCAAUACAAGAUCCUCUACCAAACAGUGAAGGACGUGUAUCUGAAGCUGCUCUCUCUGGGCCUCCGAGCGCUAGUCUACAACGGAGACACAGACAUGGCCUGCAACUUCCUGGGAGACCAGUGGUUUGUGGAGGACCUUGGCCUGAAGCCAUCCACCAAGUACCAGUCCUGGAUUCAUGAGGAUCAGAUUGCUGGUUUCUACCAACAGUUUGGAAACAUCACUUUUCUGACAGUCAAGGGUGCGGGACACAUGGUUCCACAGUGGGCUCCUGGUCCAGCUUUCCACAUGUUCCAGUCUUUCAUAACAAAUGGAUCCUACUGAACCACAAUGGAAACUGCUUUCUGUGUUGCUGUGUUGUAUCUGCACUUAUCACUU